AUGAACACUCCAAAGAGUUGCAUCUCCUCAUCCAUGUAUCCUUCAAUUCAGGGUGAUAUCAUUCAACCUGAUACGACGAUUGAUUGUUCUUCCUCCUCUUCAUUUCCUCAUACCACCACCACUUGUGCUCCGAGAUCAUGUUCACCUCCCGUAAAUGUUCCGAAUGUGAAAAAUCAAACAUUGAUGACCGCACCCAAAUCAUUAUCUUCUGAAGAAUUGCCGUCGAUCACUUCUUCACAUGGAAUGCCUUCUUGCAGCGCUGACAACAACAGGUUAGAUCCAAUGCUGUUGAUCAGUUUGGUUGAAACACUCCAGAUGCAAUUAGAAGAAACAAACCGAUGGAAAGCUUCUGUGGAUGAACAAAUCCAAUGGAUGGACAUGAAAAUGAGCACAAUUUUGAACUAUGUGAAAAAUCGAGUUGAUUCUCUUGGCCAACAUGGGUCAAUGCCAUUAACAACAAAUCAACUCGAGAGUGCAGUCGUCGUAGUGAAUGAAAUGCCCUUCCGUUCCAAUUCGUUGCAGUGGCAUGAAAGGACCAACCUUAAUGAACAUCAACAAGGAAGAUCAUCACAAAUCACAAAUCCAGAUACAGACCACUCCUUAAAUCUCAACGACGUCGUCCAUCGAUGGGAUGACGAAGAACAUGACCUCGAGGAGCUCACGAAACACAUCAACCAACCAACCAUUGAUUCGGAUUUUGAAAACGAUGUUCAACUCAUUUGUGAGCUUGGUUUUCCUGAGGAGUCUGCUCGACAUGCUUUAAAGAGUUUUGGAGAUCGGGGAUUGGCGAUGAGUUACUUGUUGGAAAAUCAAUCCUGUUAG